GAUACUGUGGCAGUAAUGUGGGGGUGGAAGUGGAGGAAUUGCUCUGAUGCCACAUUUCUUGUAGCUUCCCUUAAACCUGGCUCAGACAUUCCCAUUGAGACCACAGUGCGAACGGAGAGGAUUUCGGCACUAGAUUUGGCUGUACCACACGGUGUAAUAGGAAGCAUUGGUGAAGUCACCAGCCUUUACAUGUCCUGGCUUAGGAAUGUGACCUUUGUAGCCUUGAGACAGAUCCAACUGGCCUCCCAAGAAGUGUUUUGUGUAUGAGAUCUUUCUUAUUCUCUGAUUGAAGAUCCUCUUCAAUGGGCAGAGCGACAAUGUAAAAUAAUUUUGCCUUGUUAUACCCAAAGAUGUUUUUUUUUUUCCUUUGAUGCAUAUUACUGCUCCUACUAGCCUACAGAACUCUGAAAUGCGCUUGAUGUGUGUGUCAGCCUCUUGGUGCGAUGUGCUCUGCUCUUUGAAUGUACUCCACUUGUCCUGCACUGUUUGCUCUUGUAGCUUCAGUUGUCUCACUACUCUGACUCCUUAAAUUAUGGGUAGGGUGAGGCAGUGAAGAGCAGAGUUGCAAAAACAAUUAGGAAGAGGAAGUGCUUCCAGACGUUAGCGUUCCAGUGCUCCUAGUUUCUGAAUAAUUUAUUUAAAAUGAACUACUUGCAUCCCUGGCAGAUAGUACUUCAGAAGAUGCUAAGCUUAGUCUUUUCUGUCUGAGAAUUGAAACUAGAGAGCUGGCCCUUCGACUUCAGCAGUCUUAAGAUAGCAUACCUGAAACAAGGCUUCAAGGAGCUUUUUCUUCUUGAGGUUGGAGAAAGGAGUUUAGUUUACUGAAUGCAGGUAAUGCUCCAUAUGUUUCUGAUAUGUGCACCAAUGUAGUAGUAUUUCUGUACAGCUUUGGCACUCCUAUUUCUCAACACUUCACAUCACUUUAUAUUAUUCAGAGAGAGUUUUAACUGUUUAAGUGGUACCUGCCUGCACCUCUGAAGAUCCUGAGCUGCGGAAGCUAACAAGGCAAGCUAGCUGAGAUCUGUUUGGCAUUAGGUUUGCAUAUGCCUCAGGAUCGCCAGACAUGCAGGCAACAGCUAAUUAAAUUGUUUCUUGAUUUGUUUUCUAAUUUUUCCACCUUAUCCAUGUAACCUGGUUUGUUUCCUCCCACAUCUGCCUCACCUGCAUUCAUGAUAAUUUCCUGCGGUGGAUCCAUUCUCAUAGAUCUCAGCAGCUGUCAGCCUAAGACCGAAUUCGCAGUUGCAGAUGUUGGUGUAACAGCAUAAAUCACAGCUGAACAAACAGUCUGGUUUACUCUGAGUGCAAAAAUCAACGAGGCUGCCAGAUCCUCGGGCAGCACUUGUUUCACCUGUUUCCUAGAGCAGCAGGCACCGCUUAGCAAUCCUUUCUAGCCACUGAGAUUCUGUGAUCCCCACAGGACUUGGGCAGCUCCUCUGAGAGCAGUUGCGUGGAGCCUUGCACACACUGCAAAAGGCAGCUUCUACAGCAGGCCAAUUUUUUCCUUUAGGAAGUGUGUCCUGAUUUUUAGGAAAACAUGUUAAAAAGCUGCGCAAGUUCAGGCACCACUCGGUAGGCUUCAGAUGGAAUUGACUUUUCUGGCUGAUUAAGAAAUUGGUACAGUUGAUACUCUGAUCAGCUUCAAUGAGAGGUGACAUGCAGCCUCUUCCCGGUGGGUCAUGAGAUGUGCCGAAAAGCAGCACAAACCAUUUGGGUUAGCCUCUGAAACAGGAGAUGAAAAGGAGUUUACUUGAGAGAAAUUAACCUACUGUAGAGACGGCACUCUUAUAGUUCAUAGAAUCAUAGAAUAUCCCGAGUUGGAAGGGACCCAUAAGGAUCAUCGAGUCCAACUCCUGACACCACACGGGUCUACCCAAAAAUUCAGACCAUGCGACUAAGCGCAUAGUCGAAACGCUUCUUAAACUCCGACAGGCUUGGUGCAGUGACUGCUUCACUGGGGAGCCUGUUCCAGUGUGCGACAACCCGCUCGGUGAAGAACCUCUUCCUGAUGUCCAGCCUAAACCUCCCCUGCCUCAGCUUGACACCAUUCCCGCGGGUCCUAUCCCUGGAGACUAAAGAGAAUAGCUCAGCGCCUGCCUCUCCACUCCCCCUCGUGAGGAAGCUGUAGAUUGCGAUGAGGUCUCCCCUCAGCCUCCUCUUCUCCAGGCUGAACAGGCCCAGUGACCUCAGCCGCUCCUCAUACGUCUUCCCCUCUAGGCCCUUCACCAUCUCCGUAGCCCUCCUCUGGACACUCUCCAACAGGUUCACGUCCUUUUUGUACUGUGGUGCCCAGAACUGCACACAGUACUCGAGGUGAGGCCGCACCAGCGCAGAGUAGAGCGGGACAAUCACUUCCCUCGACUGACUCGCAAUGCCGUGCUUGAUGCAUCCCAGGAUACGGUUGGCCCUCCUGGCUGCCAGGGCACACUGCUGGCUCAUAUUCAGCUUGCUGUCAACCACAACCCCCAGAUCCCUCUCUGUGGGGCUGCUCUGUUAGCAGACAGCCUGUUAGCAGACCUGUAACCAAUCCAGUGAUGACACAGCCAGUAUCACGAAAUAUCACUGUUCCUGUAGUGGCUCAACCUGUAUCCAGGCCAGUGACUACUGUGACAACACAGCCUGUAAUACUCAAUCAAGAUUAUAUUAUGGAUUCUCCACCAGCUGCACCAGGUAAUACAUCUGGUAUACUGUUUGCUGUGAGACUGAACUCGGGAGUUCCACAGUACCAGACUGGGCCGUCAGUGAAUGUAACAGGUACUAAUGCUACAUCAAGCAAUAUUAAAAAUGGAGGACCUUUUCCAUGAGCUUGUCCAAAGCGCAAUAUUGAUUUCAAUCUUAUGGGUCCUUUAAAAAAUCAUAUGAAGUAUUGUUGUCCAGAUAUGGUAAAUAAUUUCUUCCCGGGAGUGGCCAAAACAGAAUGUGCAAGUACAACAAGCAAGAUCAAUGACUCUGAGAAAGGAAAAUUGAUUACGUUAGUUAAUGACUUCUAUUAUGGGAAACAUGGAGGUAAUACCCAGCAGGUACAACAGGAGCAGAAGACUCAUACAACAUUUAAGUGCUUCAGCUGUCUGAAGGUUCGUAAAAAUAACAUAAGGUUUACGAACCACAUGAAGCAUCACUUAGAGCUCGAGAAGCAGAGCAGUGAAAUCUGGGAAAGCCACACCACCUGCCAGCACUGUUACUGUCAGUUUCCCACCCCAUUCCAGCUGCAGUGCUGAAGGGAUGCAAGACACGGACUCCUGAUGGCUCUUAAACAGGAGACCUUUAUUGCCAUUUUUCACCACUACAUAUACUUUCCCCGUAGCCCCACGCACUGUCCACACGCCUGAAUCUGUCUUACAAUUGGUUAGAGACCCUCAGGCACGCGCCUCGAGCCAGCCAGCAAUUGGCCACUGCCCAAAGCUCAUCUUUAACACUGUAGCCAAUUUAUUUUAUCUCGACCUUGCUCAAGUUUUUGGUUCUAUCGCCGUUUUCCUCAUUAUCUCUCAGGGACGUGUGAAACAGCGCAAAGCUCCCUGCGAAUUCUUUUCCCACACAGUGCCACACUGAAAGUACACGCACGUCUUAUGAAUCAUCUACUGUUUGUAAAAUCUGUGAAUUAUCCUUUGAAACAGAAAGUUCUUUUGCAACAUAUGAAGGACAAUCAUAAGCCAGGUGAAAUGCCAUGUGUUUGCCAGGUAUGCAACUACAGAUCCUCAGCUUUUUCUGAUGUAGAAAUAUUUCAGGACAGUUCAUGAGAAUACAAAACAUUUGCUGUGCCCAUUUUGCCUCAAAGUAAUAAAAAUUGGAGCACCACAUAUGCAUCAUUAUAUGACGCAUCAGAAAAAAGGAAUAUACUGUUGCACUAAGUGCAGACUGCAAUUUUUGACUUGCAAAGAAAAAAUGGAUCACAAGACUCAGCAUCACUGAACAUUUAGAAAACCUAAGCAGUUAGAAGGAUUGCCUCCUGGAUCAAAGGUUACUAUUCAAGCGUCUGUUGGAUCUCUUCAGUCAGGAUCUUCUGUUAGAAUGAGUAUAUCCACAUUUCAGCUAUCACCUAAAGCUAAAAAUACAACCACUAGAAAUGAUAACAGAUUUAAUACAAAUAAGUCAAAAGCAAAGUCAAAACCGUCAGCUACACUGAAGAAGCAAAAUGCAUGGACCAACAGCAGCAGCAAAAAAAAAAAAAGUUAUGAAUACAGCACUGCAUAAUCUAAGGUAUAAUUUGGGAGGUCAGAAAUGCUUUGAGUGUUACUCAGAAAUAAAAGAUUUUGCAAGCUACUUUCCUACAUAUGUCCGUUGUACCUUAUGCAGGUACAAUACUAGCUGUAGCAAAGCCUAUGUGAAUCACAUGAUGAGUUUUCACAGUGCUCAUCCAAGUAAAAAAUGUUGGAUCUACAAGAAGCAUUCAGAAGAGCUACGAGGUGUGACUGUAGUGUGUCUUAACUGCGGUUUUCUGACUGAUGGUUCUGGCUUAGAUAGCAUGGCCACACAUCUGAGUGAAAGCCACACUCAUACUUGUCAAGUUAUUAUAGGGAAUGUUUCUGUAGAUUUGCCAACUGCUGAACAAGUAUCUGAGGGAGUCGAAAGUGAGCAGGUAUCCUGUACUGCUUUCGCUCACUGAUAUGUCAUUGUGGAGCAGCAAAUUGAACCUAGACGAGUUUGGGAUUAUUUUGCAAACAAGAACAUAAGUCUUCAGAGGAAACAAAAGAAUGCAAUAGAAAUCAAAGUAAAAAAGUUGCAUCGGUUGAAAAGAGCGAAGAAAACUCAUCAUUCUCAGGUACAAAAAAUGUUCCCAGUUUGGAACUCCAUGACAACAGCUCCAAGAAUUCUUUGCAUGAGAAAGGAGCAUGUUGUGAUUCAGAUAGUAACAGUUAGUAGACAAAGAACAAAAAUAUAUUCAUGGUGAAAGUGAGUUGAAAACUUGCCAAAGUUCAGAUGAUGGUGUCUUGACUGACCAGACUAAAGUACAAAACUUGGAUGAAACUACACUUGCAGCAACAAACACAAAGGACUUAAAACUAACGUUGGGUGAAGAUGUUAGUUUUGAGUAGUUCUAGAGAAAAAGAAAUGAACCUAAAUCCCUUAGUUCAGACAUUAGUGAACAAGGCAGUAUUCAUUUGGAGCCUUUGACUCCAUCAGAGAUGCUAAAGCAUGAAGCGACUGAAAUUCUUCAGAAAGGUAAUGUUGCACCUUCAUCAAAGAAAGCUGAACAACCCUCUGAACGAACAGACGAGACUUCUAACGAAAGCAGUCCCAACAGAAUGGAAACAACUGUAAACAAGACAGAUGAAAAUGAAACAAGCUGAAAUUGUGUUCUUUUUAUGGUUUAUUAUAAAUAAAGGUAGGAACACCGUG